AUGAUGCUGAGCCCGGACCAAGCGGCCGACUCCGACCGUCCCAGCUCGGCGCCCUCGGACCCCGAAUCCCUGGGUGGAGCGGACGCCAAGGCGCUGGGCAGCGUGUCGGACCUGGAGCCGGUGGAGGAAGCCGAGGGCGCGGGGGGCCGGGACGGCAGCCGGGCCGCGCUGUACCCACACCCGCAGCCGCUGAGCCGCGAGGAGAAGCGGCGCCGCCGCCGCGCCACUGCCAAGUACCGCUCGGCGCACGCCACGCGCGAGCGCAUCCGCGUGGAAGCCUUCAACCUGGCCUUCGCCGAGCUGCGCAAGCUGCUGCCCACGCUGCCGCCGGACAAGAAGCUUUCCAAGAUCGAGAUCCUGCGCCUGGCCAUCUGCUACAUCUCCUAUCUCAACCAUGUGCUCGACGUGUAG